CCACUUUUUUGCACGGCCAACUCUUACUGACAACCACUAGCAGGUCAUAAUAAGAAUUCUGCAUAAAUAUAAGGAAUUUAAUGCAGAUGCAGAUAUCCCCUUCAACGACUGGUGCGAACGAACAGUUGCAAACUCAAAAGUUGAACAUCUAGUAUCACGUGUAAUACCAAAUCGACAGCUUCCCACUUGCGCGGUCAAGCUUCGCCGAGGACCAGCGGAAGCACAUUUCUUCCUUUUUACGUUUGUUGGACAACGGAACAUAGUGUCGCUGAUAUUCUGGGGACCAUGUUCAAGUCAACUGUUGGGCAUGCGCCUGAGGGCGUUCCGGUGCUGCCAGAUCACCAGAUCGAUGCGCUGCUGGCACGAUUGCGAAGCGAAGGUUCCGUUGGGCCCUUCAAGUCUGUGCCCACCGUUGAUGCAAAAACAAAAACAGUCGAUGAGGUGGUUGCCGUCGUACAGGACGGCAUACUGCACGGCAUUCCGGUCGUCGUUCAAAAUUCGUUUGCAGCGUGGAGAGACUCUGGGGAAAACGACCACGAUCUUCAUGAUGACGACCUCUUUACGAUUGACUGGCUGAAACAGAACGAAGAAGGUACACACUUGCUGGUUCGCAAUGUAUGUACAGGUGAGGACGUUGACAUGUCGGUCGGCGCCUUUGUGGAUUACUUGCACGAGAAGCCGCCAGAGGAGAGACAGCAAGAAAGAAACCUAUUGUAUGGAAAAGACAUCGUUUGUCCAGGCGCCUGGGCGGAACGAACGCAUCAAAGACUGCCGGCGUAUUUCCAGUAUAAGGGUCCCAAUGACCUGGUCCCUCUCCUCCCUGCGCAUUUGCAACCCGAUAAUCUGAUGGCAUACGUGGGCUUCGAUGGAACCAAUACCCCAGGGCAUACAGACCUAUGCGGAUCCGUAGGGCACAAUGUCAUGGUUCAUGCCGACGAAGGUGCAAGAGCUAUCUGGUUUCUUGCUGACUCAGGCUCUUUGGAGAAAGUGUCAAAAUUUUGGCAAGAGCAAGGGCAUUCAAUAUAUGAGGACAACUUCUUUGCUUCGCUCGAACUCCUGGAAAACGCACCGUUCACAGUGUACGUCAUUGAGCAGAAACGCGGCGAUUUCGUUUUAGUACCUCCAGAAGCCGCACAUCAGGUGCUAAACAAAGGCGGCGUCACCAUCAAGGUGUCAUGGAACAGAGUCACAGUCGAUUCAUUGCGGAGAUGCGUGGAUCGAGUUCUUGCCGAAUAUCAGGCGCACAUGCGGCCUGAGAUAUAUCGUAUCAAAGCACUCGUACACAAUACUUUGCUCUCGAUGACAAAAAAAGCUGUGGACAUGCAAAACGGACCUGACGAAAGAUCUGUUGAGGACUUUAGAUCUGUAAUCGAGUGCUUUGCCGCCGUGGUGAAGGAGGAAUGGAUAGAGGGGUCGCCUGAACAUCUACCAACCCGGUGGAGCGAUGCAGAUCAACCGCAUUCUCGGACAUGUGAUUUUUGUCGAGCAGACAUUUGGAAUCGGGGCUUUACCUGUAUAAAAUGUGCUCACCUACCUGACGUAUCCGGAAAGGGGGAAGAGGUUGCCUCUGCUCUUCCGCAAAAUGCACGAAGAUCUGAAGUUCAGACUGUGGAUAUCGAGCAUAUUUUGAUGAACAGAAAGAGAGCUCAAACGGGAAUAAUCGAACCAAUCAAGGGUAACCCGUUUGGCCAGAUCUUCAGUCCUAUGGAAAGCGAUUCGCAAAGUCAUGCACCUUCAACAUCACCCAGGAAGGCCAAUCGAAAUGGCACAGUCGCGCAGGAAGGCCUGUUAACGGCCAAGAAUUCUACACUGGAAGUCACCAACGGUAGCGAACAAGCUGAAGCCAACAACAGCCCACUUCCGCCAAUACCAGAGAACGAUGACGCUACAGCAUCUAGUCAUGGCGAGCCUAGGAUACAGCGGGUCCGCAGGGACCGUAACAAGAAACCUGACGAGCCAAAUGCUAACGGUACCUCCUUUGUUGGGAAUGGCCAAGUAGACAACAGCAGCACUGUCAAGCAAGUUAGCACUGAAAACAGGGCUCCGACGUCCACUCCAGCGAUAUCAAUGAAGGAGUCAAAUUCUUCCACAGCUACGAUUGUUGGGAAAAAUGAGCAGGAGAACCGCUCCCAAAUUGAGCUAGAAGACGAGUUUGAUAUAUGUCUGGGGUGUUACGCACGUGGUCGGAGUUGCCCUCACGAAAAGGCCAUGACCUUUCAUCAGUAUCUCCCUAUGCAAACAUUGAAGAGCCAAUUGGAGGAAGCUGUAAAAGCGUACAAUCGCAUUUGUAAAUCACCCGAAGGGCAUCUCUCCAAAGAGUGGAUAGAGGGGAUCUUUAAUGGCUCGAGCAAUGUUCUGCCAACCGCCACUAUCGCAUAUCAUAUAUAUCUUUUCCGCACUGGGAGAGAGCAUGCCAGAUCAAAAUGCUGUCACGCUUGUCGUUCUUCGGUGGGGUCGCCUCCAUGGACUUUCGCGUCUGACGCUUGCGGAACACCUUACUGUGCGCGGUGUCUCUGGAACAGAUUUGGUCUCCGGCUCUUUGAUGUCAAAAAGGACCGAAACUGGGUAUGCCCGAAAUGCAAUCACAACUGCAACUGCUUGAACUGCCUCAAACGAUGGGACAGCAGCAAACCAAUUCCGUUCCCCAUUCCUACCGGAGACAUUAUCUUCGUGUGUGAACAAGGGCACUAUUUAGAACACCGACAUUCUAAUGUUCUUGUUUACGAUAAGCAGUACCCAACUGGUCCCAUGUUCAAGGAUAACAAAUUCGUAGUGGAGCCUCCUCCGGCUCUGUUCAAACGAGACAUUGUUGGAAAAAUCCGAAGAGGCGUAAAAAGAGUUGCGGAAGAAGUACUGUCUGCGAUCACCCCAUCCAAGAAAGUGAAAUCUUCUGACUUGGCGUUGGAACCACGAUCAUCACGACGGAAGUCGAUCAAAACGGAGGCGAUGAUAUCACCAAGCGCUACGACACCCACUACCGCCAAAAGGAAGAUGGUACAGACUAAAAGUGGCCGAAAAGUACCCCAACUCCCACCAACCAUCUGGGCACCGGUGCCGGAAGAAGAGAUCGAUAUGGAGUAUCAUCCGCCUACGAAUACCAAGCGACCACGUCAGCCAUCGACCUCCGCGCGCAAGGGCAACCCAUCUACUACUUCGCACGAUGGUGUAAAUCCACCACACUCCGCUGUCGACGUACAUAAAAUGGGACCUCCACCUCCCACCUACAUUCGCAAAACUAAGACUCCACGGUUGAAACUUCAGACGGAGGAAGGGCCAGAUAGAUCUUGUCGUGAGAUUCUUUCCAAGAUGGACCUCGAUCCCGCAUUUUUGAAAGAGUACUUUGUGGAAAGCAUGAGCUUGUGCCAGGAGCGAGGACCACUGUGGGCUGGCGUGCACGCAGAUGAUACUUACAAGGAGAUGCUGGGGUUGGCCAAGAGAUGAUAUCCCUGUCUGACCUAUUAUUUCAGGUGUCGGAUAGCGGCAGGUCGGCUGGAAUCGUGCAAGUGGGUGUCUAUGAAUGGAAUUGGCGGAAGACCAAUGUCUAUAAGCGUGCUGUGUGAUAUCAAUGCAGUGAAAGCACCGCGGCACUUGAAGUAUUCAUUGAUCAAGAAUGAUCAGGGCAAUUUGCCGGUGCUAACGAGGAAACUACAGCUCAAUGACACUGCCAGCACAGAGCCACACAUUUAGUGUUCCUUAACGAUGUAGAUAUUUAUUGAGAUCAUUAUUCAGUACCAAAUCAUUCUUUUCAUGUAUGUAUGCAACAUGAGAUGUCCCUUGUUUAAGCAGCAAGGAUGGUCGAAA